GUUCUCAUUAGUGGCACCUUGCGAGGGUCUGUGGCAGGAGGGGCCCCUCAGAGUUGGUCAAGGGUUGAUGUACAAUCAACCUGUCGUCAGCGCUGGCCAUCGUCAUGACUGUCACCUUGUUUAUAGAGGGGUGCAACCCAACACAGGAUGCAGAGUUUCUUGAAGAUGCUGAGGGGGAGUGGGGGCACCAGCCCACCCCUGGAGGAGCUGGUGACCCUCGCUGGCAGGUUGUGCCGGGACCUUCAAGAUGACCUCGCCCAGGUGCAGCCCUUGGUCACAGCUGUGUUGGACAGCCAGCUCCGCCUGUACCUCCUUGACAACGAGGAUGUGGCCCUAGUGUGCACCCGAGUGCUGGUCCAGCAGGGGCAGCACCAGGCUGCCUGCCGGCUGUUGGAGGGGUGCCGCGUGCCAGGAGGCAGCCAGGAGCUGGUGCAGCUUUGGAACGACAUUCACUACCAUCUGGUCAUGAAGAGGCUGGGCGUGGCCACGCUGACCCCAGUGCAAAAGUUCCGCUGCAGGAAGAGGAACCCACCGCCCCCCGCCCUCUGCCCUGAGGGCUUGAAGAGCAGGAACUUCCCUAGAGAGGUUCGCCAGAAGUUGCAUGACUUUGCCUCCGGAGUGAGCAGCAACCCCAGCAAGGCUGAGCGGGAGAGCCUGGCCGCGGAGACCAGCCUGACGGCAGAGCAGGUCUACAACUGGUUCGCCAAUUACCGGCGGCGCCAGAGAGCCGGCCUGCAGCGCCCUGAGCCCGCGGGGGACACGGCCGAGGACCCGCUGCAGCCCUCACGCCACCGCCGCCCCUGCUUCGGGUGUGUGCACCGGCCUCGAUGGUCAGGCGAGGAAAACGGGCAUGCUUGGCCCCUGGCCACCAGCCACAGUCAGUGGGAGCCUCUGGCCCUGGCCUCGGACUUUUCUGGAGAUGCGACGAUGCCAAAACCACUGAUUCCCAGGUCUCUGCAGGGUGCUGAGAUGUACCAGGAGGGGCCCGGCCAGGAUCCCGCCGCUCUGCCCCCCGCCUGCCCUGACCCUGGCCUCGGCGCGCUGGCCGCCUGCAGUGACGCGCUGGACCCCUCUCCAGCUGCCCCCAGGUCCUGGCUGAUGUCCCUCGCGCUGGCGUCCUCCAGAGACGUUCCCUUUCAGACCGGGCAGCUGGUCUACGGUCCCCGACUGGACUUCUCGAUGCCCCCCACAGACGCCCCUGUGGCUAUGUCCAUCACCACGCUCUCGGGGCCCAGUUCCACAGGCUUCGCCGACACACCCGGCAGAGACCCCCAGAGUACGUACCUGGAGGAAGGUCCGGGCACCAGCACUGGCCCAGCGGAUGGACAGGCAGGCAGCUUCCUGGUGAUGCGGCAGCCCCUGCAGGCUCCGGAAUUCGUCCUUCCCCAGAGCCUCCCGGAGCUGACACCUGUCUCACCUGCUUUCCCUGACCCUGUGCCCGCUGUGGAGCUGAGUGAGGCCCCGCCACCCAGCCAGGUGCAGUGGGCUGACAACCAGGCCUCCAGCGAUGCCUUCUGGGGGGCCAGGAUGCUCCUUGAGCUGUCGGGAGGCAGCCUGGGCUGAGCUGCCCUCCAGAGCCAGUGCCCCAGGGCAACAGGAGUGGACACGCAGCCUUUCAACGCAAGUUACAGAACUUUGUCCUGAUGGAAAGAGGAGGUUCCUCAAGUUCCCGGGGUGGGGAGGUUCUGGUGAGAAGCAUUGUCCGCCCCUUGGCGCAUGCCUUGUUUGGAUAGUUUGGUUGGCAGUUUCCGGUGUUGGAGGAAGCUCUUGAGACGUGUUCACGAGAUCAGAAGCCGAAGGUGUGUGCGGUUCGCUCGGGCAGCACUACGUCGUAGGCUCCGGCUCCUGAGCAGGUUGUGACAGGCCGGACGCCUGCCCAGUUCGCCGGGCGAGUGAGGCCCGGACAGCAUCCUGACGCUUCCGGGUCUGCGGGCCGUGUGUGGUCCAGCAAGGUCGGGUGGGUGCAUCUCACCCUCAGGUUGCAAUUCAUUUAUGUUUGCAAAACAGAUGUUCUAUUCAAUUAAAUUAAAGUUUAAUGUUCUGAAUGCCUCGUUUUUAUUCACCUAACUGCAUUCUGCACUGUCUUGUCACUCUGGCUGUCAGUCCCUGGCCAGCAUUUCACAACAGGAGUGCAUUACCCCCACGUCACAGCCCGCUG